AAAAAAAAGCAUCAAAAUAACAAAUGGACCCCACUCACCAAAAUUUAUUCAAUGAACAAUAGAAUUGCUACCCAAACUUUUUUUAAUUUAGGAGCUAGUUUUUUAAAAAAAAAAAAAUUUAACAAGUAGUUGUUCACAAAUUAACCUUCUCUGUAUUAAACAAGUAGUUUGGACGAUUAAAAUAAGCUAUCAUUAUUUCUCACUUUAGUUAGUUCGAAGUAAAAAAAUUACUAGUACAAGGUCAAACCAUUAAUGCCUUGUCAAACAAGUACUUAAAAAAAAAAAAAAAAAAAAAAAAAAAAAAAAAAAAAAGGAAGUUUCAAGUUUACAAAUACAAGUACUCUGUACUCAUCAACAACACAGAACAUCUUUGCCCAAAUUUACACUCCAAAAACCAACACUGACCGUGAAAGAUCAUCGGAAAAUAAAUGAGCAAAGCGAGUAGCAGCGUAGCAACAACCGAUAAAGAGGCGGCGAAACCAAAAGUGGCGGUGGUUGUAUUCUUACUAAAUGGAAAGAAGGUGCUGCUGGGACGCCGUCGCUCUGCCGUUGGCAACUCCACCUUUGCUCUUCCCGGCGGUAAUCUUGAGUUCGGAGAAAACUUUGAGGAAUGUGCAGCAAGAGAAGUGAAGGAAGAAAUAGGGUUAGAAAUAGGAGCAACAGAGUUACUAACCGUGACCAACAACCUCUUUGUUGAAGGGCCUAAGCCUUUACAUUAUGUCACCAUCUUCCUCCGUUCGUCCCUAACAAAUACAGAUCAAGUUCCACAAAAUCUAGAGCCCGAGAAAUGUGAUGGUUGGGAUUGGUAUGAUUGGGACAAUCUUCCUCAAACACUCUUUUGGCCUCUUGAGAAAAUGGUUAAUAGCGGGUUCAACCCCUUCCCUGCCUAGUGUAGCGAUGAUCUUAUACACAACGUACUUUGUAAGAGCUAGCGAUUUGAAUUGGACUCACGAGUGGUGUUCGUGUUUGACAUGGGUAUCAAUCAGUUUUCAUCAUUCUAAACUUAUAUUCAAAAUUGAUGAAAGUAUGGUUAAAUUAGAUUGAAUAAUACUCUUUGUGGCAUGUUCGGGUAACAAUGUAUGCAGUUAUGCACAUAUAUGUGGGUUAUGUUUUGAUGUUAUUGCUUUGGCAUUACUUUACUAGUGCUUUUGUACUAUACUAAUUUUCUAUUGUGUCAUUUAUCUUAAUCUAUUAUGAAAUCAAUUUCUUCAUUUCUUGUCAAGGUUGUUAGUUUUGAUGAUUUAUUAUGUAGACACCUCCUUUUUGAUGGUAUAACUAUUGAAUAUGGACAUGUAUUUAUUACUCCUUGAGUUAAUAUGUACUUAAUACUUGUAAAUGCAUUGAUAGUUCACUUAGUAUCAUCAUAAAAGAACCCAACUACAAUAGUUGAGUAGCCAUUAUAUUUCAAAACCAUGAUAUCAAUUGAGGAGUGAGGGGAUGGAGGGAUGGUUGGUCCCUCCAUCUCCCCCCCAUGUGAUGGGGGUUUCGACUCCUCACAGCCCCACUCUUGAGAUAGGAUGGGGCCCCUCUCCGUAGUUUACCGGUCAAAAAAAAAAAACAUCAUAAAAGAAAAGGUCCAAAUCAAGUAAAACAAAGAUUAAUUAAAGCAUAUAUAUCAUUGAAAAAACUUAUAAUAAUAAGAGACUUUUGAAAUUAGUUAUUUGGUUAUUAUAUACACUGAAACAAUUAUUAAUUAGCAAUUAUUUACCUAACUUUUUACACAACCUGCUAAU